AUGUAUGGAACGUAUGGAGAAGUUUGGCUGAGCCAUGAAUAAAUGUUGGUGACUCUAUAGAGCUCAUGUGCUUCGCUCAUUCAUUGGACCCGGAGGACGACGGACGCGUCCACUACUACAAGUACCGGCAGCCCCUCAGUGGCUUAGGCAGACUGUGAAACUGGCAACAGAGAAGGAGGAGGCGGAUGUGGGAGGAGGAUGUGGAAAAUUGAAACUGAAAGUACAGACAAACGCAAUCUCCAUUUUCAACAGCAACAACGGCACAGGAAUUAAUUCAAGCCUGAAACGACUGAGUAAUGGAGAGAGAGGACAGAAGUGUGAACCCCAGAGAGGACGGGCAGCGUAAAGACGACAGCAAAGGAAAGCUGAGUACCCCUCGCCUCACACCAGCACGACAGAAACAAAGAGCUCCACAACAACAAGCAGGUAAAGCUGCAGUGGAGGUAUCCAGAGCUGAGGAGGAGCCGGUCUCCGUCUCCCCAGAGCUGUCCAACUGGAUCAAACUCAACUCCAAAAACCUCAAGAUCCGUCAGACGGAUCGCAGCUGGGCCGCUGAGGUGGUCAACGAUUUCCGCGAUAACCUGCUGAAAUUUCUGCGGAGCAACAGCGAUCAGCCUUUAUUCCGGAAGGCUGAGUUCCUCACAACCGGCAGCUACUUUGAGAAAGUUAAGAUCCACAGCCCCGAUGAGUUCGACAUGAUGCUGAAGCUUCAGGCUCCUUCGCGCCUCGACAUGAAGGAGCUCGACGGCGGCCUCUUCUACCGGAUCGAUUUUUCCAGGCCCACUCGGAGCCAGAGCCCCAUACAGGCCUUUCUUUUGGAGAACGAGCGCACGCUUUCAUCGAGCAAGAUCCUGAACGAGAUGUACCGGCUGGUCCGCAAGUUUCUCAAGACCUACAAAGUGCCGGAUAAACGCUGUUACUGGGAGGUGAACAGGAAGCGCCCCAACACGCCGGCCGUGACUUUAUCUCUGCUCAGGACUGAAGGCAACAGUGACGAGCUGAUCUCAGUGGAUGUGGUUCCUGCUCUGGAGGUCCACCCCUGUCAGGGAUGGCCGCUCGCUGCCCGUAAUGGUCCAGCUGUUGACAACUGGCUGGGGAAGAAGGUUCGCCAAGAAAUCAAAAGUUUACCGUGUUACUUUGUACCAAAGAGGAUCAAAGGUCGAAACCUCAGCGAGGAUGCUAAAGAAAGUUGGAGGAUUUCUUUCUCUCACGUUGAGAAGAAAAUCAUCACGAGCCACGGCAACACGAAAACCUGCUGUGAGAGCAACGCCACAAAAUGCUGCCGUAAGCAGUGCUUAAUGCUCCUCAAGUCUCUGAUCAAGGGCCUGAAACAACGUUAUCCCAAAGAGCUGCACGACCUCUGCUCGUACCACGGGAAAACCGCCUUCCUCCACACCCUUUCCAUCAGGUUCAGCGACUCCAUGUGGGAUCGUCAGAAGCUCCCUACCUGCUUCAUGCACCUCCUCGGGGCUCUGGAGAACCACGCGUGCCAAGGCGACCUCCCUCACUUCUUCGUGCCCAACUGCAACCUCUUCUCCCCGGCCGCCUUCCCACGCAAAGCGCUGGACUUCCUCGUCAAGGCCCUGGAGGAGCAGAGGAUGGAGGGCUUGCCCCUGCUGAAGCCUGCGACUCCUGUCCCACCUCUGAGACUGAUCAACACUCCUUCAGAAGACGCCUCCACCGAGAUGUCCACUUAUAAUCCGUCCACAGGUGCAGUUUACUCUGUGGCUUUAAUGAAGAAAUUAGCCGUAGUGUUUGCUAUAGCUUCAGCUUUAGUCAUAUUUUUAUGUAAGUGAUGAGAAAAGAUGAACAACACUAAUGUUAAUGAAGGGUCUUAUCCUUCACGAUGAGCUUAUGAAUAUAUGAUGUUUAGAGCUGUGCAGAAAGCACCACCAUGUCCAUGACACUAAGAAUCAGCGUGGGAUUGUCUUGUGCAUUUGUGUGAACCGUUCCUCUUGCAAGAAUAAAAUGACAAAACCUUUAA